AUGGCUCACAUCACAGCACUUUCCUGGAGACAAUCAUGGCACUUUCUUGACCCACCAAUCGAAAACAAGUGGAGGAAAAAUCAAGAGGCUUUUGGAGGAUUUGAAGAAGGGAAAAAUAGCAGAUUCACCAGGACACUGCCAAAUGUGACAGCUACACACCAAUGGAACUUGAGAGUGAGAAGGUGCUUGACAUACAAACAGAACAGAGCAAUGAGGGUAUGCCCCAUUGUACAAAGAAGAGCUAAAUGA